CUGUCAACUGCACGUGUUUGUGUUUAUAUUUUUGUGCUCUGCCUUUUCCGCUGAAAAUCCUGGAAAAUGGACUUUGGAGAGUUGAAAAAUGACAAGGCAUUUGUGGAGAAAAUGCUAAACUUGGACAAGGCGCUGGAGGAAGUAGAUUCAGUGGUGGAAAAAGCUCUGAAUGUCAAGGAGGACACUUUGACUCAAGAAGACCGGGUUAAAUUGGAUAUUUUCCUCUCCUACGCCCUCAAUUCCCUCUAUUUCAUCCACCUAAAGCUCCAGGGAGCAGAUGUGAGCGAGCACACAAUUAAGCAUGAAUUGGCUCGAGUACGCGAAGCGAUGAUGCGUCAAAAGCAAAUUCAUGAUAAAAAGACACUGAUGCCACGGUUAAAUGUUCCGGUGGCGGGGCGUUUUGUGAGGAACAGCCUGUGGGAAGGAAGUGACAAGAAAGAUGGCGCACAGAAGGGACAGAGCGGCCAUGGCGUGAAACGCAAAGCAGAUCACUGAUGUCGGGCUUUGUAGAG